GAUCAUGGGGGAUGAUUUCACGAAUAGUCGUAGCCUCUCCGCGUCCAUUUACUUGGCCGACAAGUACAAUGAGUAUAGUAUCCAAAUAAUACGGUGGAUUCUCAAGGCGAUCAGUUUGUGGCCGCUUCCCGUCGACGCCUCAUUUGUCGAGAAGAUUCGUUUUGAUUUCGCAGUAUUUAUCUGUUACUUUCUAAUAAUCGCAGUUAUGAUACCAAGCGGUCUGAGUAUAUUCGUCGAGUCGCAGGAAUCCUUCGAGACAAGGUUUCGGAGCUUCGGCCCGCUCACCUUUUGGUUCUUCGGACUGUUAAAUUAUUCCUGUCUUCUGAUACACAUUGACGAUAUACGCAUCUGCGUGGAUCACGUAAAAACGGACUGGCGGAACAUGACAAAGGUCGAAGAUCAAAAGUUGAUGCUGAGAAGCGCCAAGAAAGGUCGAUUCUUCGGCGCUUUCUGUGCCAUCUUCAUGCACAGUGGUGUGUUUUCCUACAACGUUUCUCGAAGCUUUGGCAAGGAUAUCUUACACGUGGGGAAUAGCAGUAUAGAAGUUCGUGCGUUACCCUACCCUUUUUACAGUAAAAUCCUGAAUGCACAUUACAGUCCAGCGUACGAGUUCGUGUUCCUUAUUCAGUGCCUCUCGAGCUUCGUCGUCAAUUCUGUCACAGUCGCCACUGCUGGCUUGGCAGCAGCUCUUAUAUUUCACGCGUGCGGUCAACUGAAGAUUCUGAUGUCUCGGCUCGACAAUCUCGUCGAUGAAACUGACGAGAAAAAUACUUCCUUAAAACAAAGAUACGGAAUUAUCGUGCGACAUCAUCUGAGAGCCUUAAGUCUUGUAACCCGUGUAGAAAAAAUUAUGAAUUUUAUAUGCCUCGUGGAAUUAUUCGGAUGUACUUUUCAUAUAUGUAUUGUAGGAUAUUACUGCAUGAUGGAUUACAUUCACGGCAAUAACUCAAAUGUCGUGUCUUAUUCUAUGAUAAUAACUUCGGUAACUUUAAAUAUUUUUGUAUUUUGCUUAAUCGGAGAAAUGCUUUCAGAACAGGGCGGACAAAUUGCCAAAUCUGCCUACAUGACAAAGUGGUACCUCUUGACUGGAAACAACGCUAAUGGACUCGUUUUGAUAAUUUUAAGGUCUAAUGUAACGGUCAAGAUAACGGCUGGUAAAGUGGCUCAACUUUCCAUAGCCACUUUCGGUGAUGUGAAUUAA